UAGAUAGAUCGAUCUGGAAUAUAGGAGGAAAUCAUCUUCUCUUCUGAAGUAAUGUCCAUAUAGACUUACAGUUACAGGUGUAAUCUACUAUCUAGAUUGACUAGAUCUGUAAGAUAAAACUUAGACUAGGUUCCCAUUAGUUGAUUAGUGAUUAGAAUAUAUCAAGAUUAGUGACUAUAAUAUAGUCACUAUAGAAUGUGACUAGAUCUACUGAUCUAUAUAAUCUAUAUCUAGGUCUAGAAUUAUAGAGUUGAUAGAGAAUUAGAGUCUAGUCUCAAAUCUAGAAUGUGAUUAGAUUGUAGAUCUCUAGAGACAAGAAUAUGGGUCUAGAAUUAUAGAUCUAGUCUUACUUUUAAAUAAUUUAAGUACAAAUUAAAAGCUAGGCUUAGCCUCAUGCAGAAUACUUACUAAGUUUUAACUUGAGUUAGAGGCAACUUUAAUAAAAUUAACAGUUAUCUAGAUCUAGAUAAUAACAGUAUCAGUAUGUAGAUAUAUAUAUGCUACCAUGAUAAAUCAUAAAGAUAAGAAUCUACUGAUCUGAUCUACUCUACUCAAGUGAAUCUAUCUAUUAGACAUGGAGAAGUAUGAAAAAAUUGGAGUUGUUGGUAGAGGAGCGUAUGGGACUGUACAUUUGUGCGUGCACUUAAGUGACCGUAAAAAUGUCAUUAUUAAACAAAUUCCUGUUGAACAAAUGACAAAAGAUGAACGACAAGCAGCUCUCAAUGAGGUCAAAGUGCUAUCAAUGCUGCAUCACCCAAAUAUUAUUCAGUACUAUGAGAAUUUUCUAGAAGACAAAGCUCUCAUGAUUGUGAUGGAAUAUGCUGAAGGGGGAACUUUGCUAGAUUUUCUACAGAGUAGGAAUGGUUGCCUAUUGGAAGAAGAAGAAAUCUUGAAGUUUCUGGCUCAGAUGCUCUUAUCACUCCAACAUGUCCACUCAAAACAAAUCCUGCACAGAGAUUUGAAGACACAGAAUAUUUUAUUGGAUAAAAAAAAGGAGAUUGUUAAAAUUGGAGACUUUGGUAUUUCUAAAGUACUUAGUAGCAAAAGUAAAGCAUACACAGUUGUUGGAACACCUUGCUAUAUAUCUCCUGAAUUAUGUGAAGGAAAACCAUAUAACCAAAAAAGUGAUAUCUGGGCUCUAGGCUGUGUUCUCUAUGAACUAGCUAGUUUAAAAAGAGCUUUUGAAGCUGCUAACCUUCCAGCUUUAAUUUUGAAGAUCAUGAGGGGGACAUUCUCUCCUAUUUCAUCACGCUACAGUUCUCAUUUGCGAGAUUUAAUUCUCAGCAUGCUUCACCUUGAUCCUACAAAAAGACCAACCAUCAAUCAGAUCAUGGCUCAGCCCAUCAUUAUCAACACUAUAAUGAAUCUCCACACAGACAUGGGGAAAGUGCCUUGUGUCAGAAUCAAUUGGCCUUUAACAAACAUUCAGGGAACUGGCAGGGGAAGGCUGUCAAUAAAAGGGAAUAUCACAUCACAAGAGAAUUUAUCUUCAACACCACAGCCGCUCAGUUCUGUGUUCUGUUGGGGAGGAGGAAUGAACACACCUACCAAGUUGUCCUUACCAAACAUGGAAACUCAAGUUGUACAAGUAGCCAUUGGAAGAACUCAGAGAGCAGCAGUAACAAAAAAUGGUCGUCUGUUUGUCUGGGAGCCUCAAACUUUAGGAACUGAUUCACUGAUGCCUGGCUCCACAUACUCAGCACCACCGAUAUUUAUACCUCGUUUUUUAGAAGGUCAGACAGCAGUGACAAUACAACAUGUAGCUUGCGGGGAUCUGUUUACAGCUUGUUUAACUGAUCGAGGAAUAUUGAUGACAUUUGGUAGUGGUGCCAAUGGAUGCCUGGGACAUGGAAACUGUAAUGAUGUUACACAGGCUAAAAUUGUAGAAGCUUUAUUGGGUUAUGAAGUGAUUCAAGUGUCUUGUGGAGCUUCUCAUGUCCUAGCUGUAACUAAUGAACAUGAAGUGUUUGCUUGGGGACGAGGGGACAAUGGAAGACUUGGUCUUGGCAGCUAUGAGUCAACAACUUCACCAAAAGAAAUUUUGAUCCCUGAGGAUGCUCACCCUUGCUCUGUACAUUGUGGCAUGGACUGUUCAGUUUUACUAACACUGGAGCAUAAAUUGUUAUGUUCUGGUAGUAACAGGUGCAACAAAUUAGCACUUGACAAAGCUGAGGACAACAUUGAUGGUGUGAUUGAAGAAACCACAAGUUUCACACCUGUAGCAUCAGUACCUGUUAGCAGUCUUUAUAUAAAAAUGGUAGCGCUUGGUACAUCACACUCUGCAGUGAUUACAGUUGAUGGGGAGUGCUACACAUUUGGUUCCAACCAGUUUGGGCAACUUGGUGUUGAGACAGAAACAGGAAACAGAAAGCCUAAACUUGUUAGUUCUCUACAAGACAAAAUAGUUUUUAUUUCUUGUGGAGACAUUUUCACUGUUGCUGUUUCUGAAGACAAUAAAGUCUACACUUGGGGUAAAUCUUCACGGGGUCGACUUGGACGAUCACUUGAAGACAGUCAUCUUCCAAGACCUGUUGUGUUUCCAAAAGAUGAAGAAUUUUUCGAGGUUUUGUCAGUUUCCAGUUGCCAUGGUAGUACAGUUAUUGCAACUCGGCCAAAACCAAACUAUUCCAAUCCUGUGUGAGGAAGAUCAUGACAUGCAUCACACUAACUUAAGUGGAAGAGUGGACCAACAGACCUUCAAUGGUAUACAGCAAUAUGUUUAUGUCAUAUGAACUGAAGAAAGGAUUUCUUUGAGUAUACUGAUACAUCCACUUAAAACUAACUAUAAUUGACAGAGUUCAGGUGGUGUCAUUGUUAAGCAUGUAUCUUUUGAUUUGAUGAUCUUGGGUUCAGAUCCUGGUGAAGGCACUAGAAUUUAUAUUACAAAUUUUGGAGUCACUAAACCUUUUUUAGUGGCCCCCGAAAGGGAAAAAGAUGCUAUUAGUUUUGUGUGGCCUGUCUGUCCAUCCCGUUUAGAUCUCGUAAACUAGAAAAGCAAAGUACUGAAAGCAAAAAAUCUAAUUUUGUAAAUCACUUAUGUAAGCAGUUUUUUCAUAAAAAUACACUUUUACAACUAUUCACUAUUAAUAGUAACAAACACUUAAGCUCUUUAUUAGGGGAGAUGACUAUUUACCAUAUUUUUAACACAUUUAUGCAAACGGUUGUAGAUUUUUUGUCAAAAUUUUUUUUUCUUAUAUUUGUAUUGUUAAGUUAUGUAUACUAAGUACUAUAUAUACACAUACAAAAAAAAUGUUUAUUAUAUUUUUAAAGAGAAAAAUCUAUUUAGUAUGCAUACAAGUCAGAUAUAAUUUAAAACAACAAUUAAUAAGUAGUUUUUCAUAUUAUCGUGUGAACUGCAAUAUGGAAAAAAGGAAAUACUUUAUUCUUGAGGAAUAAGAGAUUGGCCCUUUACAAAACAAUUAGAUCAAUUAGAUAUUCAUUAUUAGACAUCAGUUAGGCCAGGUUCACAUCUAACUUCAAAUUCACUUAUCCUUUGGUCUGCUGGACCGCUGGGGCACCACACGAGAUCUGUUAACCUUUUUUCUCCAUUAUUUUCUGUCAUUUGUCUUUGAUAGAAUUUCAUUCUGAUAAUAUUGAAACCUGCCUUUUUACCUGCCUGGGUGGACCACUUUGGGGG